AUGGCAAAACUAACCAGAGACUACCACGAGUCUAUUCAACAGGAUGUUCCUGCAUGCACCCCCGAGGAGCGCGAACACACAACAAUCGAAGCUCUAGACAACAUCCACACACCGCUCCCUGCCAGACUACACACUAACCUCCAAUUACAAAUCACCGAAACAGACGUAGCUGAUGCACUUGCGCUCUGCCAGUCAGGACGAGCAGCUGGCAUAAAUGGACUAAUAUAUGAACUCUGGAAGGCGCUUCAGUCCCGUUUCCUGAACCACACAUCAAACCACAAACCAGCCUUUAACAUCAUCCAAACACUCACCUGGAUCUACAAUGACAUCGAACUAAACGGUGUCUCUCCCUCCACAGAAUUCGCAACUGGCUGGCUCUGCCCACUUUACAAGAAGAAAGACAAAAGAGAGAUAUCCAACUAUCGUCCCAUUACCUUGCUCAACUCAGACUACAAAAUCUUCACCAAGGCCCUCUCACUCAAACUAGCGAAGUCUGCACCAUCAGUUAUCCACACGAACCAGGCAGGAUUCAUCCCAGGAUGA